AUGGCGCAGGUAAACACUCGUUUCCAUGGCCAAGGCACUCAUGCCACCGUGACCGAACUCAUCGGCCAGACUCCCCUCGUAAAACUCCAGAAGAUCCCCCAGUCCCUAGGUAUUGAAGCCACCGUCUAUGCAAAAUGCGAGUUCUUCAAUGCCGGCGGAAGUGUCAAGGAUCGCAUCGCUCUGCGCAUGAUAGAGCAAGCCGAGAAAUCCGGCCGCAUAAAGCCUGGUGACACGUUGAUCGAGCCCACCAGCGGAAAUACUGGAAUUGGGCUCGCGCUCGUAGCUGCUGUCAAGGGCUACAAAACGAUCAUCACACUACCUGAGAAGAUGUCCGCCGAGAAGGUCGCCGUUCUGAAAGCGUUGAAUGCCACCAUCAUUCGUACCCCAACACAAGCCGCUUUCGACAGCCCAGAAUCACAUAUUGGUGUUGCGAAACGUCUGGAGAAGGAGAUCCCGAAUGCCCAUAUCCUCGAUCAAUACGGCAACCCCGACAACCCGCUGGCCCACGAGCUCGGCACAGCAGAGGAAGUCUGGGAACAAACAGAAGGCCGCAUCACAGCAAUAAUUGCAGGCGCAGGAACAGGCGGCACAAUCACUGGUCUAGCUCGAGGACUGCACAAACACAACAAGGACGUCAAGAUCAUUGCUGCGGACCCGCAAGGAUCUAUUCUAGCCCUCCCGUCCCAGCUCAACGAUGAGUUCAAGGAUCAACCCUAUAAAGUUGAGGGGAUCGGUUACGACUUCGUUCCAGACGUACUAGACCAGAAGGCGGUUACCAAAUGGUAUAAGACCAAUGACCAGGAUUCUUUCCACUACGCUCGCCGCCUUAUCGCUGAGGAAGGCCUGUUGGCAGGAGGUAGCAGUGGUUCUGCGUUGGCAGCCUUGUUGGCUGCUCACCGAGAACUUGCCUUCACAGAGGACGACACUGUGGUAGUAGUACUACCGGAUAGCAUCCGCUCAUACCUAAGCAAAUUCAUCGACGACGACUGGCUUGCAGCAAACGACCUCCUGCCACCCACACCACCAUCUGAACCCGAAUCUCCACGCCUCUCCCGCAGUAGAACCGACUCUUUCAGACAAAAUGACCAGUUCCGCGGUGCACGUGUCAAAGACUUGCGUCUGAAACCCGUUCAAACAGUCACCAGCGAUUCGACUUGCAGCUCAGCCAUCGAAGUGAUGCGCGAAAAAGGGUUCGACCAGCUUCCUGUGCUUGCUCCCAAGGGCCGUCGACUGGUCGGACUCGUGACACUAGGCAACCUGCUUAGCCGAAUCUCGCACGGACGCGCGACGGGAAAAUCGCCCGUCGCGGACGUCAUGUUCGACUUCACUCAGAUCAACGAAGUCAUCACCGACCCCCGUCACCUCGGCGACAUUAGCGGCGCCUCUGAGCUGGCUGAUCGGACAAAUGGUGUGAGCAGGCAGGAGGGCAAUGCACCAACAUCAGCAAAAGAACGUCAAUUUGUCGAAAUCACUGUCGACACCCCUCUGAGCGCACUGAAUCGGUUCUUUGAAUGGCAGAGCGCCGCAAUCGUCACCGAGCGUGAUCUGAGUUCAAGCGAGAGCUCCGGGAAGGGUGGUGCUCUCAAACCCGUCGGUGUCGUUACAAAGGUUGACUUGCUCACCUGGUUGCUAUCCGAGCACAAAAUGCAUUAA